AUGAGUCAACCAGAACCAGAACUCAAGAAGGAGGUCAUUUUGAAAAAAGAAGAGAGUAGUCCAACGCCAAGUUCCAGCACUGCAUCUCCAUCAAAACCCAAGCCAAAACCACAACAAAAAGAACUGGAAUGGCAAACAAUUCCUUUAAAAUCAUGUACAAAAGAGGAAGUUGAUGAUAUACGUUUUCAUAUUAUGAAAUUUGCAACGAAACAAGAUGUUGAUAUAAUAAAAGAUUUUACAAAACCUGUUAGACUACACAGAAAGGAUCCCCGAAAUAUGCAAUUUCAUUUAACUCGACAAGAAUUGGAGCAACGAAAAAAGGAGCAAGAAUUGGCCAAAUUAGAAAGAUUAAGAGAACAAGAAGCAGAAGGAAAUCCAGAUGCAGUAGCCGCUGAGGAAGCCAGAAAGAAAAAGGAAGCGAUAGCUGCAAAAAUAGCACCUGAGAAACCAACCGACAAGAACCAGAAGGACUUAUCACAAGUUGCUCCGGAUGGAGGUGCUAGAAAGAAUCGUAAGAAUGUAUUUAAACGAAAAACUAGACAAAUCAAUCUUAUGGAUGAAGCCAAGAGGAAAUUAAGAUACGAGGAACAUUAUCCAUGGGUUAUUGAAGAUUAUGAUGGGAAGAAUGUUUAUGUUGGGAAUUAUGAAGCAGGAUCAACUGAGCAGCAACAUGUUUUAUUUGUUUUUGAUAAAGAUGGAUUUAAAAUGAUUCCAGCAGAAAAAGUUUAUCGAUUCACACCAAGAAAUAGAUAUGCAACUUUGACAUUAGAAGAGGCUGAAGCGAAAAUGGAAAGAAACUCAACUGUACCUAGAUGGUUAAUGAAACACAUGGAGGAUAAAUCCAUUUCUGAAGGUACUCCUGAUCAAAGAUUUAGAUAUAAUUCACCUGCCAUGAAUGGAAGUAUAAUUGCAAAUCACACCAGCGGAAGAGGAAGAAUGAGAACUGUCUUAGGUGGAAGUGGUUCAGGAAAUGAUAGAGAUUCUGAUCAUGAUGAUUUGGAUUUUGAAGAGGAAUUUGCUGAUGAUGAGGAAGCACCAAUUAUGGAUGGAGAUGAAGAAGAAAAUAAGUUAUCAGAAAGAAAGAUCAAAAAAGAAAUGUUGAAAGCAGCUCAUUUUGAUGGACAGCUGGAUGCAGAAGGAGAUGAUGAUGAUUUGGAUGAUUUGUUUGAAAUUGAAAAGGCCAGAAAAGUGGACAAAGCAGGUAAGAAAUUGAGAAAAGUUUUGAACAAGAGAGAAGGUGCAGUUUAUGAUAGUGAUGAUGAAGAUGUUUUAGUUCCAUAUGUUUCCAAAUCAGAUUUGGAGAGUGAUGAAGAAAGUGAGGAAGAAGUUACACUUAAGAAAGAACCAGGAUUAGAAGGGGAUUCCGAAGCUACCAAGCCACAAAGACCAAGAGAAGUGUUUGUAAAGAGCACUGGUGAUGGGUUUGUUGUUGUUAAGGCACCGCAAACAUUCUUAUCUACUAUGCCACCUGGCGACUGGAAUCCAAAUGGUCGUAAACGUCCGUCUCCAGAAGUUGCAUCACCAAGGAAGAAGAUCAAAUUGGACGAUACUAAAAUCAAGAAAGAAAAAUCAGCCUCACCUGUACCAAAAGCUAAGAGCCCAUCUCCUUCAGCUGCUGCAGGUAACGCAUCAACUAAUGGUGUCAUUGAUUUGAAUAAUGCUGGACCAGAUAAUCUUUUGGUUACUGUUAAUGAUGUUUUGGAUAAAAUCCGUGAUCAUCCAUUGACAACUAAAGAAUUACUUGUUGGAUUGAAGAGUAGAGUUAGUGCCCAUCCAGAAAACAAACAAAGAAUUAUCAGCAUUGUUAAACAAAACUUGAGAUUGGUUGAUGGGAAGUUGGUUCUCAAAGAAUAA